GAACAUUGCGAAUAUUCUCGAUAACAAAUUUCACGAGUUGGGAUCAAAAAAACACGAACAAAUUUUAAAAUUAAGCCCACCAGCCGUUUUAUGUUCGGCCGGAAUGAUAUAAAAGGCAAAUGCCGGCAAAGCAACGCCAUCAGUCAAGUGGAGUCAUCCAAUCGUCAGUGCAGAGCAAACCCGAUAACGAGUCCAUAUUUACAAUAAAUAUUUGCAAAACGAUAAUAAAAAUUAUUUCACAACAAUAACAAAUUCCUUAACGAAUCAAAAAAAGAAAAAAAGAGAGAAACAAUUAAACUCCUGUGGGAAUCAGUGUUAAUUUGAAAUGUCUGAUAUCGAACAUCAGGGCCAUCCCCUUAUGGACGACGAAGAACCGGUUGUAAUGGAGUGUCCCGGUUGCGAAAAGGAGGUUGAGGCCAAUCAAGAGGCUGAUACCACUGUUCAAGAACCAUCGAAGAAAGCCCAAAAACAAUAUAUGAAAGCCAUGAAGAAGGCAUAUAAGGCUCAGAAGAUGUUGCAAAAGGCAAUUGCGAAAUUAGAAGGUGAAGUCGUUGCCAACGCUGAGGAAGACGGAAAGGACUCUAAGAAACAUAAACGCCGUCAUCGUUCAUCAUCGACGUCUUCGGGAACAAGUGAUGGCACAAGUAGUGGAACUAGCAGUGGUACCAGUAGUGGCACCAGUUCUAGCUCCAGUGACAGUGAAGCGGAGCAUGGCAAGAAAAAGAAAUCGAAACAUCACAAAACUAGAUCCAGCUCUAGUUCGAGUUCUAGCUCAUCUAGUUCCAGUUCCAGUGAAAGUGAAAUGGAACAUAAGUCGAAAAAGAAGUCAAAGCGCCAUGGUCAUCAUAAGCACGGUCAUCGUUCCCACCCACAUCCUAUGCCACCUUCACACCAUGGACACCAUAAGCGUCACGUCAGCCGAUCGCGUUCCCGUUCCCACUCCCGUGGACGUCAUGGAGAGAUGAAGAAACACCAUGGACACCAUAAGCGUCAUGUAAGCCGUUCACGCUCCCGCUCUCAUUCCCGUGGUCGCCAGUGCGAAAUGAAGAAACACCAUGGACAUCAUAAGCGUCAUGUAAGCCGUUCACGCUCCCGCUCUCAUUCCCGUGGUCGCCAGUGCGAAAUAAAGAAACAUCACGGACACCAUAAGCGUCAUGCCAGCCGCUCUCGUUCCCGUUCCCACUCUCGUGGACGCCAAUGUGAACUGAAGAAACAGCACGGACACCAUAAGCGUCAUGCCAGCCGCUCUCGUUCCCGCUCCCACUCUCGUGGACGCCAAUGUGAAAUGAAGAAACACCAUGGACAUCAUAAGCGUCAUGCCAGCCGAUCUCGUUCCCGUUCCCACUCUCGUGGACGCCAAUGUGAAAUGAAGAAACACCAUGGACAACAGAGGCGUCAUGUUAGCCGUUCUCAUUCUCGUGGACCUUGUGAUGAGAAGAAAAAGAACUGCCAAAAAUUUUGCGUAACUGGUUGUGAAGGAAAAAUGUUCGGAGAGAAGGUUUGCAAAAGGAGACAGGAAGGCAAAAAACACAAGAAGCAUCAUAAAUUUGCGUCUACGUCAAGUUCUAGUUCCAGUAGCAGCAGCAGCAGUAGCUCUAGUGAAGAUGAACGUAAACGUAAAUGGAAAAAAUCCAAAAAAGCCAACAUAAAGGUGUCUUCGUCAAGUUCAAGCUCCAGUAGUAGCAGCAGCAGCAGUAGCUCUAGUGAAGAUGAGUCACCCAGACAAAAGCAACAACCCCAAUGGCCCCAUCCCGGUAUGAUGUUUGGUCGUCAUGGCAAUCCCUCGAUGAUGAGUUUUCCUAGAAUGUUUGGUCCCGGUGGCAACACUUUUAUGAUGCAACAUCGUAAUAUGAUGCACAGAUGUCCAUGGAUGAUGCGUAACCAUGGCUUCGGUGGAUGUCCCAGAUUUCCUGGUGGCAUGCCAAGAUUUGGAGGUUUGUAAUUAAAAUUGAAACGAUUGACAGUAUUAAUAAUUAUCCUUAACUAUUAUAUAUGUAUAUAAAUUGCCAGUAAGCGAACAAUUCGAUUAAAAAUGUAAAAAAAAAAAAA